CGACAACAACACCUCUGUGAUCGCCACCGACGCUCACUGGCAGCAUUCACCUCCGGACGAAACAGAAGCAAAGUGAAGUGGUUGGGCGAUCGACAUAUCACUGCCAAGCUUUCCUCCAGGGCGGGGAGGCGUCGAUGGUCCAGACGUGACGGCAACAGCUCCCCGAGCCUACUUGCUCACCUCCGCAUCGACGACUACGACCACCGCUGCCCAUCGCUUCGAAUUGACUGAACUCUCACCCCAGCGCACAUCCGACACACACUCGCUCGAGUCCCAUCUGCUAUCACCAACCACCCUACAACGGCGCGCUUNGCGACUUCAGCCUCACCUCCGUUAUACUGCGCCCCUAUGAUCGCCAGUCAAGAUGGUGUCGGAACGCAUAUACGACCUGUGCAGGCCGGUCCUGGACGAUGACGACCUUGGUGAGGAGGAAAAGGUCGAGAAGUUGGAAGAGCUGUUGAGCGGUGCCCCCGCCUCGCUCAAGGGGAAAGCGUUGGAAGACGCUGUGCUGGGAACGCUCUGGCAGUGGAAAAGCAAUACCGAGACUAGCACCUCGCCACCUGUUGUGCGAACGACAAAUGUAGUCCGCUCUAAAUCUCCGGCACCGUGGAUACAGCGAGCUGCUACUCCAGCCUCUGGCAAGAGCUCUCCUCGACCAUCCACAGCAACACCUUCAGUACCGCCCGGAUUUGCGCCGCCAGCACUCGCAAGAACCAAAUCGCAGACGGUCGGAUCGCCAUUCUCAUCGCCCAAACCAUCUCCAAGGUUACCUUUAGCGACUCCAGUCAUCCCUCACAGUCCACGAUUGAGCGCAUACCAGUUCAGCGACAACUCCUCGCCAAACACCGAGAACUAUGGCGAUUAUGGAAGCGACAACGUCGACUGGCUCGUCAAUGAUGACGCGAGUAGUCAGACGAGCUUCGGCGACGCAGGCUUCGCAAACUCAUCCGAAUUCAUGUCCUCUUACGAUACUCAAAUGAGCCCUUACGACAUGUUGCGAUCGAUCCUACAGGAUAACAAAACUGACGAAGAGCUGGAGCAAAUUCUCGUCGCAAAUGGAUACGACUUGAGUGAGACCAUCAACUCACUCAUGGAGGCCCAAGGCAUGGGAACAAGUGCGAUGGCUACGGCAGUGCAGGAACAGCAGAACCGAACAUACCUCGUAGGAAAAGACAUGUCACUCAGCUCGCGGCCUGUGACUCCACCGGGGCAGCAAAAGUCUUCCACAGUCUGCAGGUACUGGCUGGCAAGUGGUAAUUGCGCUCGCGCAGAUUGUCGCUUUGCACAUGAGGUACAGAAUCAUCUAUGCAAGUACUGGCUGGCCGGAAACUGCAUCGCAGGGCAGUCUUGCCUCUUCUCUCACGACCCAUCCCUGCUCAUGCAGCAGAUGAGCCUAAUAUCCGGCGCGAGCACGCCUCAACAAUUUGCGCCCAACUUCCAGCUCCAGGACUUCGACAGUUUCCCUGCGUUGCAGCCCACGACUAGUAAUCCUUACGAAGACAAUCAGAGUGUAGACCCGAACACUUUGAACGCAGCCCUGCUCCAGCAACAGCAGACUCUUGCACAACAGGCGCCUGGCCUGUUUCCCAAUUUCGUCCCAACGGGUCCACGACAGAGCCGCCCCGGCUCACGUCACAGCCAGCGCAGUCAUAGCAAUCGUACUGGAACUCCGGGCGCGCAGCCAAACUUUCAAGAUGAUGAAGCUUUCCCCACACUCGGCUCUGCCGCUAGCAAGCCGGUCGGGAAGCGGCAUCACGGAAAACGUGGCGGACAUGGACAUCACAAUCACGGACAGCCUGUCCAGCAGCCAGGUAGUCUUGCAGAUGUGGUUCGAAUGUCUCCUUCACCGAGCCCUCUCAACGCUCGUGACGCGAUGCGCCGCGGAUUGAAGAAUAAUCGAUCGUUCACCGCGACCCGAGAGAACUCGGCUGCGGCCAUGGCAAUUCCGGCGCCGAAAGAAAUUCCUUGGCUUGAGACUGGUGAUAAGAUCAAUCAGGCAUACAUGAAAGCUCGACAGGAAGCCUUCAAGCACGGCGGGUUAAGAAAUAAAUUCUUACAAUCUGCCGCGCAAGCAUGGAAUAGGAACGAUGCUCGUGGCGCCAAGGCACUCUCACUCCGAGGGCAGAACGAGAAUCAGCUCAUGAGGGAGAAACACCGAGAGGCUGCAAAGGCGCUGUACGAGGAGCGAAACAAAGGCUUAGCAGCUGGGAAAGAGCUGUAUGUUGAUCUUCACGGGCUGCAUCCAGAAGAAGCUGUGCAGUACUUGAGCGAUUGUCUCAAGGAACAAGGAAAGAGCACACGACCCGUAUACGCGAUCUGCGGAACUGGACACCACAGCAAAAACGGUAAAGAUAAAGUUGGCAAAGCCAUCAGAGCUUUCCUGAACGAAUGGCGGUAUGCUUUCCGCGAGUUCAGUGUGCCUGGCGAUCGAAACAAUGUUGGCGGCAUUCUAGGUAUUGAUCCUACAAGCUUUGACAAAGAGGCCCCGAAAAGGAGUCCGCUGAGCUUGGCGGGUGAUGGAGACAGUGGGGUCGGGUUGGAUGAGGCUAAGAGGGAGAGCACGAAAGUGCAGAUAGUCACGGAGGACCCGAGAAAGGUUUCUGCUGCGACGAGUGCACUGAGGAAAGUUGAAACUAGCGAUGAAGAUGGUAGCUAGAGAUAGUACGCUCCUGAGAUAUGGAGAUGCUGAUAGUGAAGAAGAAACUACCUUCAAAGAUUACCCAG